UGAAUUCUUAUAACCGAUAGAUAGUACUCUAAACUAAUUGUAAACUAAGUUGAGUAAAGCUGUUCCAAAGUUAGGCAGAUUGUUCCAUUAAUAUAUUUCCUUUAAUUUGGUUUAUUAUUACUUGUUGCUUGUUGUUUAUUGGUAAUUUGGUGUGUUCACCGAUAUUAUUAAGUCCGAAAAUUAAGUAAAGCCAAGUAAUAGCCGUUCGCCUCGCCCUAAGAUGACUAGUAAUAUCGAUCAAAAGAUUGUUAAAAAGAGAAAGAGACCAAGUUUAGUAUGUGAAAAUUGUAAGAAGAAGAAGAUUAGAUGUGAUAAGGGUCAACCAUGUAAUCAAUGUGUUAAAUCUAAUAGUAUUCAUACAUGUCGUUAUGAUACAGAAGGUAUAAUGAUUAAUAAUGCCGGUCAUAAAUCUUCUUCUUUACCAUAUAUUUCAAGUGCAAAAAAUCCUAUUCCAUUAUUUCUGAAGUUUUCUGGUAAUGAAUCAUCAACAACAAAGAAAUCAACGGCAGAUACUGGUCAUUUAAAUGCUCUUGCUGAUGCUGCUCAUCAUGCAGUAACUCUAGAUUCAUUAUAUGAUAGUGCAUCAUCAUCAUCAGCUAACCUUCUUCGUCAAAAGGCCAAUAAAGAUUCUAUAUCUGUGUCUAUGUCAGAAUUAAAUACUUUGAAAGAAAGAUUACAUCAAAUUGAAUCACUAUUAGGAAAAGACACUUCAUCAGCACAAAGUACAUCUCCCGAUACUAUUUCAUUACCAAUUCCAUCUCAACAAAAUCUUUCUAAUCCAGCUCCAGCUUCAGCUUCAGCUUCAGUUUCAGUUUCAGUUUCACCUCCAGCUAUAAUUCAACCUGCUCAACCUCAGUCUACUCCAGUUCCUCAAUUAAAUCCAUAUAUUUCACAAUAUUCUAACCAACCCCCUCCUCCACCUUCAUACCGAUCCAAUCCAAUUCACCUACCACCUUUACAAUUUAAAAACUACAGUCAAUCUCCUUUACCUUCCACUAAUACCCCGAGCCAAAUAGUAAAUAAUCCUGACAAUGAUACCAGAACCAAACUUCUGUCCAACUCAUCUUCCAGUACAAAGUCAAGCCCCUUUGCAGAGAGUCUUAAAACAAGUGCUGUAUCGCCUGCUUCAGCUCUCUCUGAAAAGCUUGUUAAGGCUACCGAUUCAAGUUCACUACUUGGAAUUCAUCCUUAUGCUAAUGAAACCGAAAGAAUUAAUCUUUUUGAAGAUUAUACAUCUAUUCAUAUUAAAGAACCUUCAAGAAGAAUCAAUUUUGGUCCAUUUGCUUGGUCUUCAAUUAUGAAGAAGGAUAUGGGAUUAAGAAUUCUUUGGGAUUAUGUUAGUUUGAAAGAUGAUGAAAGAACUAUGGCAGCUACUGUAUUUAGUCAAGCAAAACAUGAAGUAACAGCUGAAAAUUUGAGUGUUUUUACUGGUAAUGAUUCUGGAGAAAGUGAACUGAAUUUUAGAAAAAGAGCAUUAGAGACUGAUGGAUAUACUGAUGCACUUCCAUAUAAUGCUAUAUUAAAAGCAAGAGUAGAUAAGAAUAUUCAAAGAAGUAAAUUAAAUGAAAAUACUUUACCUUUAGGUUUAACGUUUUAUGAUGGGAAGAUUGAUCGUGAAUUACAAUUAAUUGAAAAGAUUAGAAUUAUUUUACCAUCGAAAAAGAUUAUUUGGAUGUUAGUUCAUCGAUAUUUUUCUUGGUUAUAUGCAUUUAUGCCAUUUAUGGAUGAAGAAUGUUUUAUGACAAAUAUUAUUAAGAUUAUUGGACCUGAGUCGGAUGAAGAAAUUCGAGUUGAAAAGUUGGAAAUAGAAAGAAGAUUGGAUUUAGCAUAUAUUGGAUUAUUAUUAGUUAUACUAAGACUUUCAUAUUUAUCAUUAUUUUGUAAUGAUGCAGCCAAGAAUGAAUAUAAUUUGAAUAAUAAUGAUCCAUCUCCAAAGGCUCAAGAAGUCAAAUAUCUUUUAUCUAAUCCAAUAAAUAUAAAUACCAUUGAUGUUGCCGAAUUAUGUUUAGAUCAAUUUCAAUUAUUAAGGAAAACUGCUUUCCCCGUCUUUCAAUUAGCCUUUUAUUUAAGAUUAUAUCAUUUAUAUGCUCCUGAAGAUGGUGAUGGAGCAGAUGGUGGAGAUUCUCAAGUAUUAAUUGCUGUAUUAGUUCAAAUGGCUUAUUCCUUAGGACUCAAUCGUGAUCCUGAUAAUUUCCCUGACGUAUUAAAUAAUAAGAGAGAGAAUCAAGUGGGAAGAAAAAUGUGGAAUUUCUUGGUAUUGGCAGAUUUACAUCAAGCUUAUAGUUUUGGAAAUCCUCUGAAUAUUGACGAUAAUAGUUAUGAUACUAAAGUUCCUGUUUAUGAGCCAGGAACAGAAAAUAUUUCUGAUAUACUUUUGGAUAAAUUUGUUACUGAAUCAUAUUUUGAAUGUAGUACAAUGAGUGUUGUUUUAAGAAAAAUUUUAAAGUUAGUAUUGAAUGUUAAAGAUGGUGCUAAUAUGGCAGAAUUGUGUAAACUUUUAGAUGAGUUUGAAUUAUUAAUCGAUCGUCAACAUGGAACUUUAGAAGAUUGUUUAAAACCUUUAGAUAAAGAAGGUCCUUGCUUUAUCUUUACCAGAAACUUUAGAACAAAAUUUUAUCUUUCGUUAAAAUCAUUUUGUAUUUCAGUUUAUUAUCAUUUAUACCUUUAUUAUGAAAGAAAGAAUGUUGAAUUAUCAUAUUUCUAUUUAAAGAAGAUUUUAUUAAUUUGUUGUACAGAUAUUAUGCCUCAUUAUUUUACAUUAUUAAGUAAUACUGAAAUUAUUUGUGAUAUGAUAAUUAAUCCAACUUUAGAACAAAUUAUUCAUAAGAGUAAUCAAAAUAAUUUAGCAUUAAUUGUUCGAGUAAAUUUUAUAAUUUAUCAUUUAAAGAAACAACCUGAACAUAUGGCAAAGAUGUCUUAUGAUACAAAAUAUUCAAUAUAUUAUCGAGACUUGUGCCGAUUUUCUUCAUGUUUAACAAGAGCUGCAGAAGUAUCAAUUGCUGCUAUUUCAAAAAUCAGUAAUCGAUAUUAUUAUGCAUGGAGAGUUACAAAAGGUCAUACAUUUUUAUUAAAAACAAUUACAAGUAUGCAAUUUUAUGAUGAUAAUUAUUCAAAAGCUGGUAAUUUAUGUAUACCACUUUUCACCCUUGAACAAAUGGAUGAAAUGAUAGAUAUUUGUGAAAGAAUGUUACAUAAAGUUGGUAAAUUUAAAGAAUCAAUGUUCUGUGUUGAUGCCACAUUUAAACCAAGUCCUAAUGAAACAUCUUCAAUUAAGGCUGAAUCUCCUAAUAGUAAUUCUACAAUUCAUAGUAAUUCUAUAUCUACAAAUUCUUCAGAACCAAAUACUGUUGGAUCAAGUAAAGAGAAAGACAAAGAGCAAGUUGAUCAAAAUUUUACAUUAGAAAAUAUUGAUAAUGCUGAAAUUGAUAAAUUAUGGUUCCAAAUGUUAGCUUUGAAAUAUGAUAGUAAUAAGAAUUAUGAUGAAAAUACUAUAUUUCAAAGUCAAGAAGCUAGACGUCAAAGUCAUGCUUUCCCGGGAUUGCUUCCAGCUAGUCCGAAUGCGGCGGCUUAUACAAAUGGAUUAAGUAAUGGUAAUAAUCCUCAAAAUGCAGCUAGUCCUGCAAAUAAAGUUCGAUCAUCUAUAAGCCAUGUUAAUUCUCCCUUUGGAGCAGAAUUCCCAAUAUAUGGUCCAGGCUUAGAUAGACUAGGAUUCAAUGCUGAACAAGCCAACCAGUUUGAUAUUUUUAGCGAGUUACCAUUUGAAAGAGUCUUUAGUAAACCAGAGUAAGAGUAAGAGUAAAUAACUUUCUAUAAAUUUAUUAUAUAUUAAUGUUUGCUUAAUUAAUGUUGCU